AUGUCAGACAUUGACCUAUCCCUCUGGCAUACCCCUGUGAACCCAGAGGAAGAGCCAACGCCACGCCACCUGAUCACACAACUCGCCCGUGCGUGGACCGACUAUGAGAGAGCCAAUGUAGGAAGAAUCGACACUCUUAUUAUGUUCCAAGAGCACUUCGAAGGAUGGAAUAGUGCACUCUUCGGAAGGAUUGAGCCAACGAUUCGAGCUGCAUUCGUCAACUAUCUUCGUACGAAGGAAGUGAUCACUGGCCCCUUGAGAAGAUGCCGACAUGACUAUCUUCUCGCUUCCCUCGUCACCGAAGAAUAUUGGGAAACCCAGGAUACCCCGGUCACCUCCAUCGACGAAGGAGCACAACCCGUGCCCGCAGCGAUCCCUUUGCCCCUCUCACCACCUAUUCAACCGCCUGUACAACCUGUCCAGCAGGCCACUCAAUCCGUCACCCCAACCGCUUUUACAAACGCUCCGACGAGCUACACCUUCCUCACCGCACAAGGAUAG